AUAACCUCUUAAUUCUUUCAAAUAUCUUAUUUUUCGUCAGCUGUGUGAGUGGGACGACGAUAGACGAUCCAAUACAUAGGAGCAAGAGGCAACUACUAUUUCCAAAUUCUACGUUGCUACAGUUCAAUAUGGGUAUUGGAACGCCGUCUCCUGCUGCGCUUAUAAACGUCAACUGGGCAUUCCAGGCCAACUUCCAACUGCCUUGGAAUAGAUCUCAGAUACCUUUUGACAUUUUGGUCGCAAAUAAUGGAAUAACAACAUCGUCUAGGAAAAAGAGAGAGGAUGAGAUAGGCGAUUAUGAAAAUGAUUCCAGAUUGUACCAUUUCUACAAGUAUGUGGAAGGGGCUUUGGAUGGUUUCGGUCACAACGGUACCGCCUGCGUGUUUCGGACGCUGUGUCAACUUGGAGCGGAACCACUACACUCUACAGACGAUGAUCUGCUGCAUGAGAUAGCUGCUUACGUUCUAAAUCCCAAAAACGAUAUAGAGCACACGCUCUAUUUAGAAGAGAUCCAUCCGUACGUGACUGCCUACACGCGAGGAGAAAACCAAGAAGAUUGCACUAGAAUUUAUAGUCCCUGUACAAUAUCACUAUUAGAUCUUUUCACAAAAGCGCAUACUGUUUCAUAAUAGCAAUAGAUAUUACAUAAUCCCACCAUUAGUGACAAGACAGCUUUAGUUUGAGUUAAUUUUA